CCAUCAAUGUCCCUCCAAAAACCCCUCGCUAUAUGUUGCAUAAAAGAUAUGAGGAGAGGCCAAGAAGAACACAGCCAAAGCUGCAACUGCAACAAGAAACCCACCAGACGAAAAAGAGAGACCAGAAUCUGCAGAUCCCUUUGUUGCAUCACCAACACAAGGUUCAGCGUUUCAUCAUCUUCCUCCUCCUCCUCCUCGGAAGAACCUUCAGAGAGAUUCUCCGACCAACACGGGUCGCUUUCCAGUCUAACACACUACAUGGUCCAAGAGAAGCUCGACCAGAUGAUCAGAGACCAAAGACAAGAAGCAACCCACCAGGAGAAGUUAAGGCAUAGGAAAAUGGGGAGGGGAAGAACAAGGAGAAGAAGUGAAGGAAGCAGCACUAAGUUCAUCGUGAUGAUGGCGAUGGAGAAGUUUUCGUACGACCCACGAGAGGACUUCAGAGAUUCCAUGGCUGAGAUGAUCAUAGAAAACCGUAUCAAUGACGCAGAAGAACUGAGGAGCCUAUUGGAAUCUUAUCUGUCGAUGAAUCCUCGAGAAUUUCGGCCUGUGAUUCUCGACAUCUUCUACGAGGUUUGUUCUGAUUUGUUCGUGUCUCGGCUGUAGGAUUUCAUUCAUCUUACACGAUAGAACGGACGUUUUUCUUCACGUGUGAAUGAAUUGAGAAGAAAGCAAGGGCUUUUACGAUACUGCACGUGUUUGUGUAAGAUAACCGGCUUGUAAACCGACCGGUUCAGAAUAAUAAAUAAACCGGUUCAUAUUCCAUUCUUGGUUUAGAUAGGAAAUCUCGAGUUUUUUUUUCCCGUUUUC